GGAUAAUAAAACGUCAGUCAAAGGUCAAUGUUACAAAUCCAAGACUCAACAUAGUCCACCGGCCGACGAAUGAAACGCGCGCGUCGCAACAACCGUCACGCAUAGUCGAGAAGCUCCCGCCGGUGACCAUCGGCAACAGCUCUUCCACCACCUCCCCUGCUUCCUCUUUUCAGGAUAAGUACAUAUGCUGAAAUGCUCUAACCUACUCCCUGGAAAGCAUUUUUGCUCCUGACCCUGCGGUUCACAAAAACAUGAAGCGGAAACGUAGUUUUGCUAAGCCCAAGCCACCUAAGAAACCACAGGUUGCUGCUGCUGAAUGUGCCACGUAUGCUUUUCUGAAUGAUAAAGGCCACUCUCACUGGGAUGGGAAUAAUGGAGUUGACUUCAUUGCGGAGACCGAAACAGCACAUGCUGCCACCAAUACAAAUCCUCACAGUGCAAGGCAAGAAGACGAAGGCUUUCUUGCGAACAUGGAAUCUGGCGAUUCAAUCCCCAACAGUAACAUAUUGAAGAAUUUUGCUAACUUUGCUGCUAAAGUGUCGGGAGCUGUUAAUUCAUCGAAUGUUGAGCCCAACAAUAAAUCAUUAGCUGUGCAUGGUGACGAAGUGCUUGGAAGGGAAUCUAGAGUAUCUCAUUUAGAUCCUCUAAACAAUGAGGAAGAGUUGAAGUCUGCUCUCUCGGUGAUUAAGACUGUUAUGAAAAUGAAUGCUGCUCAGCCCUUUAAUAUUCCUGUGGACCCUACGGCACUUGGAAUUCCUGACUAUUUUGACAUUAUUGAUACUCCUAUGGACUUUGGCACUAUAUGCAACAACCUAGAAUGGGGUGGAAAGUACAAAAAUUCAAAGGAUGUAUUCAAUGAUGUGCAGUUAAUAUGGGAUAAUUGUUCCAAGUACAAUAAGAAAGGUAGUUACAUAUUGGAUCUCAUGAGGCGGGUGAGGAUUAACUUUAUGAAGCACUGGAAUGCAGCUGGAUUAUUUAGGGAGGGAGAAGAAGUUGAUUAUGGAACUCAUCAUCAAGAUGCUGCUGCACGUUCCGCAAGCAAAAACAAUGAUCGAAAUGUGUUUCGCUCGAGGUCUAAAAUCAGCAAUUCCGUCCACCAAGAACGGCGGGACAUAGCUAGUCUUCACCAGAUUCAGAAACAACAAUGUUCACCUUGCAUCAGCCUCACGCAAUCCCAAAAUUUACCCUCUCAGUUCCAAGGUGGAAGGCAACUUUCAGACUUUCAGUCUUCGCAUUCCCAGCGCAGUGGAUAUCAUGCUAUGACUGACUGUACGAAGGGACACUAUGUACAUGUGCAUAAGCAUCAAGGAGGUCAAAGUGGAACGAACAAUAGUGGACUGCAGGAUCAGAUUAUGCCUCAUAAGGAAAUCUAUCAUCAGCCCUCACCCAGCUGUGGUUCUAAACACCAUCCAAAUGAGAGACCAUUCAUGGGUCAAUCACACUCUAGCCAUCAUCAUUCAAUCAAACCUACUGCCCCAAACUCUGAGAGUGAAGGUCAUUUUCAUUUACCCUUUCACGGAGCCUCAUCAUCCCCAGCAUGCAAAACAUGUGAGCAUGCUUGUACUUUGGUUCCAAGGAACAGUAACGCGAGCAACCACAAGCACCACGAGACAUGCUCUUGCCACUAUCAUGAGCUUCAACCUUUGCCAAGAUGUGGUGAUCAAUAUCAGCAACACUACAGACCUUGUCACCCCAAUUUAAAUUCAAGGGAUAUGCUGACUACUGACCUUUAUGCCAGAGACAAUGUCGAAGAAGAACCUAAUACGACCAGAGGUGGGUUUGGGUAUUUAACUGCCUCUGCUAGGAGUUGCAGAAGUCACCAACAGCAACGUUUGAGUGGCUGCAGUGAACUUCCAGAAUCCUCAAUGUUCCACAAAAACUCAUAUCGAUGGAGUUCUCAAGCUCAGUUAGAUGUAGGUUCCCCAGAAACUCACCAGCCACAGGACUUGGCGAAUACUGGUCAUGCAGAAGAUUAUUCCCACGUGCCAGUGCCUGCAGAAUCUACUGUUAGACAUGCAAGUUGUCAGAACUCAGGUUCACCAGUUACUGGGGACAGCAGCAAUCAUGAGGUGUGUGAUAUGGGUCCAAGCGGAUCGCAGUCCCCCUCAUUGGAAUUGUCAAAUAAGCCUAAGGAAAAUGACAAGCCAGAUCAUGCAAGCCCAAGCACACCAGCGCCUUCCGGGCCACAGGGUGAUACAAAUAUUACAGACUCUACCAAAGUGGUGAAGAAGAAUCAAGUCCGUGGACCCACAAGGUGCCUCAAAUUCUUGAAUGCAGGAAAACCAAUAUCCAUUACCACUAAUGAGCUGGGACAGCCUGUCGGUCCCAAUGCACCAAAGCUGAUCAGCUUCCUUGGUACUCUUGCAAGGAAUGGGCAUAUGGCACCCCUUACAUGUGUUAACUGGAAAGCUAUUCCUGAGGAAAACAAGGAGAACAUGUGGCAAGAAGUUCAGAAAACAUUUGAAAUUGAUCCAACUAGCAAGCAUUGGGUUAUCAAAAAUCUUAGCAUUAAGUGGAAAAGUUGGAAGUCUAUCUUAAAGACUAAACAUUACAUCACUCAUGCAACUGAUGAAGAGAGGCUAGCUGACCGUGAUGAAAGAGUCCUUCCAGAUCAAUGGGCAUACCUUGUUUCCUAUUGGAGUUCUGAGGAGGCAGAGAAACGCAGUGCUAGAAACAAGGCUAAUCGUGCAAAAGUGAAGUUUGGGCACGCUACAGGAACAAAGAGCUUCGCAAGGAUACGUGAAGAGCAGCGAGCUAAACGACCAGAUGGAAAGGCUCCAUCUCCAGGAGAACUAUUCAUCUUGACUCGCACACGCAAGGAUGGAAAGCCUGUGAAUGAAGCAACCUCUGCAGUGAUUACACAGCUUCGUGGAAUCACUAAUCAACAGGCUGACGCCGACCAAACUACCGGCCCUGAAGAUGAUGCGUUCUCUAAAAUCAUUGGUCGGGAUCCUCAUGGCCGAGUUCGUUGUAAGGAACUGGCUCCAACUUCCUGUGAAUUUGGUCGAGGAGCUCCUUCCAAAGCUGCUGCCAUGAAAAUGGUGACCGAGGCAAAUUCUGAGGUACGUGAAAUGAAAGAACGGUUAGUGUCAAUGGAGCAGACUUGUGCGCAGAUGGCACAACAGAUGGCCACGAUGAUGUCAAUGAUGGCAUCCAUGCAAAAAGACACUAAUGUGCCCCCUCAAGUUAAUGCUGGUUGUGCGACUGAGGAAGGUUCACCAGAGAAACCAAGGCAGUCUACAUCACUGAGGCGCUCAAGUAGGAAACGCAACAUUUAGAUCGGCAAUGCCCAAGGAUUCAGUCUGAUUCACGUUCUCGUAGGAAAAAAUUUCUUAUUGCAAUGCAGGAUAUUUUGCGGCGCACCACCCUUCCGAGCGUACCAUUUCUGGAACUUGAUUGCUCCGAAGCACCACUAGUUUGACAGUUUGGGGAAUAGAAUACCAAUCCUAGUACUCUUUUAAAACUGUUGCCGUUCUUUAUUUAAUUUGUAGACCCAAUCCUGUAUCAUUUUGUCAAGUCACGGUAAUAACCCAAACUGUAACGGUUUAAGAAUACCUUGAAAUUCAGUGCGUUCUAACAUGCGCGAUUAGGUACUGCGUUCUUUGUUGUAAUCCAAGUUCAGACUGAACAAAUCUCAGGGAGCUGGGUUUUUGCUGUUUAAUUACAAGUGUAAAUCGAUCACGAGCUUCGAUGCCAACAGGCAGCCUCAUCGGCCGUUGCAGUUGAAGAAUCUUCUUUUCUAAUAGAAAAUGGCAACCGUUUCUCC